AUGUCGAGCCACUUCAUGAUCUGGAAUGCCCAGGGGAUAGCUAACCCCACCACCCAGGGCACUUUCAAGAACAUGAUUGAUAUGUACAGUGUUUCCUUCGCCGCAGUGCUUGAGCCGCAGACAGACCCCCAGCCUUCUUUCUAUAGCAGGCGCUUUGGGCUUCAGUUUAGGUGUUCAAACAUUAACGGCAAGAUUUGGAUCUUCAGCCACAGGGACUGGCAGGUCGAGGUUCUCGACGACUCAGAGCAGUGCUCGAGGGAGGGGAGGUAUGAUUUGUGGGAUAAGCUCAGGGACAUCUCUCUAGAGACUGACGGCGCUCCCUGGCUUGUUGGAGGAGACUUCAACAUCUUCUUACUUGAGGAGGAGAGACGGGGCAGCAAUGUCGACAGGCAUGCAGAGAUGAUGGAUUUUGCUGACGCAGUCGCAGACUGCCAGCUCCUGGACCCAGGCUUUGAUGGCCCACAGUUCACUUGGACGAGGAGUGGGCUAUGGGAAAGAUUGGAUAGAGUUCUCCUGGGAGAGCAUUGGACGACCGUCUUCGCUUCUACUAGGGUGACUCAUUUGCCUAGGAUCUCUUCGGAUCAUGCCCCUCUGUUGGUGCGUUGCCAGUUCACCACGCAGGUUCCGAGACCUUCCUUUAGGUUUCAGAACAUGUGGGUUCGGCAUCACACUUUUAGGGAUGAGAUUGCCAGAGAGUGGGCGGCGGAGACGGGCUUCUUCGGCAUGCUGAAUCUUCAGUUCAAGCUUAGCAGAGUUAAGGGUUUUCUCAAGAGAUGGAACAGGGAGGUCUUUGGGAAACAUCUUUGA